AUGAAUAGGGUGUCUGGAUCUGUCAUUUCUUGUCUCCUGAUAACGGGGAUUACAUUAAAUGUUAACGCUGCAAACCUAGCAGAACCGAACGCCAAUGUAAGUCUAUCUUAUUACAGCUUGCAACACAACAACACAAUAACAAAAUCGUGUCAGUGCGGCCUUUAUGGACUAAAUUCGCCAGUGCUUUAUGCUCAAGGGUUCGUGGGUGUCCCUGUAUCCCCGAAUCCUCAAGCCUGCAAUGAGAACACACAUUUUUCCAUAACAACGGAACCUUGGAUUGCCCUUAUAGAAAGAGGGAACUGUACUUUUUCAGAAAAAAUCCUGGUGGCAGCUAAGAAAGGUGCUGCCGCUGUUGUCAUAUACAAUGCUCCCACAAAUAAUGGCAAUCAAACUAUUCCGAUGGUACACUACGGUAAGUGCUUAUUAACUAUUCGAAAACUGCUAUUUUUCUGUCUGCUUUGUGAUGCCACUGCUAUUUCGUGUCGCUGUAAUGACACAUUACGUGUCGUGUUGCUAUUGUUCUCUGUAAACUGUUUUUUUUUUUUGCUAACUGCGAAAGGCGGCCCUGUGUGACCUGGAAUCUUUGUGCGUCUUUGUAUGGUUUGCAAAUGCAAAUGAACUCCUUAGAUAUCUGACGCUGACAUGUGCUUAUUAAAAACAUUUAAUUCUAGUUGUGAAAGAAGCACAGAGCUGACAGCUUAAAUAAGUAAAUGUAGCAAUUGUUUAAAAAAUAAAAUGUCUUCGUCAACAGGCAGAGAAAGUAUUGGUGGCCAGCAGACUACAUUAUCCUGUGUAUCCAUUAAAUGUGUGCAUAGAUAG